CCCUCCACGCUGCGGCCGCUGUCCCCUCCGGACCAUGGCCGACGACGACGUGCUGUUCGAGGAUGUGUACGAGCUGUGCGAGGUGAUCGGCAAGGGUCCCUUCAGUGUUGUACGACGAUGUAUCAACAGAGAAACUGGGCAACAAUUUGCUGUAAAAAUUGUUGAUGUAGCCAAGUUCACAUCAAGUCCAGGGUUAAGUACAGAAGUGGCUCUAAACGUCCUGCCUUGCUGGGAUUGCACUCAACUCUGUGAAUCAGAUCUAAAGCGGGAAGCCAGUAUCUGUCAUAUGCUGAAACAUCCCCACAUUGUAGAGUUACUGGAGACAUAUAGCUCAGAUGGAAUGCUUUACAUGGUUUUUGAAUUUAUGGAUGGAGCGGAUCUAUGUUUUGAAAUCGUAAAACGAGCUGAUGCUGGUUUUGUAUACAGUGAAGCCGUAGCCAGUCAUUACAUGAGACAGAUACUGGAAGCUCUACGCUAUUGUCAUGAUAAUAACAUAAUUCACAGGGAUGUGAAGCCCCACUGUGUUCUCCUCGCCUCAAAGGAAAACUCGGCACCUGUUAAACUCGGGGGCUUUGGAGUAGCUAUUCAAUUAGGGGAGUCUGGACUUGUAGCUGGAGGACGCGUUGGAACACCUCAUUUUAUGGCCCCAGAAGUUGUCAAAAGAGAGCCUUAUGGAAAACCCGUAGAUGUCUGGGGUUGUGGCGUGAUCCUUUUUAUUCUGCUCAGUGGUUGUUUGCCUUUUUAUGGAACCAAGGAAAGAUUGUUUGAAGGCAUUAUUAAAGGAAAAUAUAAGAUGAAUCCAAGGCAGUGGAGCCAUAUCUCUGAAAGUGCCAAAGACCUAGUGCGUCGCAUGCUGAUGCUGGAUCCAGCCGAAAGGAUCACUGUUUAUGAAGCACUGAAUCACCCCUGGCUUAAGGAGAGAGAUCGUUAUGCCUACAAGAUUCAUCUUCCAGAAACAGUAGAGCAGCUGAGGAAAUUCAAUGCAAGGAGGAAACUAAAGGUAAAUGAAAUCAUCGAAAAGCCAGAUACAGUUGAUGAUAAUGUUUUUAUUCUGUUUAAGGGCCCAUGA